AUGGAAGAUGGCGAGUUUAGUGUCGGAAUGGAAUUUGGUUCGAGAGAGUCAGUGAUAUCUGCAAUCAAAAGCUACACCAUCUCUAGAGGAGUUGAUUACACUGUGUAUGAGUCUGAGCCGCAGACAUUCUAUGCGAAAUGCAAGGGGUAUGGUGCCGGGUGCGACUGGCUUAUCCGAGCUAGCUUGAUUCGAAAAAAAGCUUGUUGGGAGAUCAGGAGAUACAAUGGGAAGCACACGUGCACCAUGGGCACGAUUUCACAAGAUCAUGCCAAGUUGGACUCAGACACAAUUGCAGAUGCCAUUAGGCCGUUGGUCGAAGCAGACCAUUCGAUAAAGGUGAAGUCCGUUAUUGCAGAAGUUCAAGGCAGGUUCAACUACACUGUGAGUUACCGCAAGGCUUGGUUGGCAAAGCAGAAAGCUGUCGUAAAAGUUUUUGGUGAUUGGGAAGUUUCUUACCAGACUCUGCCAGUGUGGUUGAAAGCAAUGACAGUGAAGAUGCCAAGGUCUCGUGUUCAAAUUAAAACGCUCCCCGUUUACCGUGAAAGUGAGGAGGUUCAAGGUGUGAGAGUUCUGCACUGCGUUUUUGGGAGCUUCUAUUCGAGUAUUGUAGCAUCCAGACACUGCAAGCCACUGGUGCAGGUUGAUGGCUCGCACCUGUACGAAAAAUAUAAAGGUUCACUUCUGGUAGCUGUUGCACAGGAUGGGAAUCAAAACAUUGUGCCUAUUGCAUUUGCAAUUGUCGAGGGCGAGACAGCAGACGCGUGGGAGUUUUUUCUAACCAAUUUACGGAGAUAUGUUGUUACCAUUGAUGGUGUGGGUAUUAUUUCUGACCGCCAUACCACCAUUGACGCUGCAAUAGCUCGCAGUAACGGUGCAUGGUCACCACCAAGGGCGUGGCACAUGUACUGCAUCAGCCACAUCGGGUCCAACUUCUUAAGGAGGUUCAAGGCUCCAUAUUUGCGUAAACUCGUGGUCAACACAGGUAUUUCAACUUGCUAUUAUGGUUCUAUUCAUAGUAAAUUUGUGGCACCUACUUAUAAUUAA